AAGCGAGACGUGUCAAGGGUCACGGAAACCACAGAGGAACAAAAGUGGGGCUUGCUGCAACCAGAGGCAGCUAUGGCAUCUAACAGCCUUUUCAGCACAGUGACACCAUGUCAACAAAACUUCUUCUGGGAUCCCAGCGCCAGUCGGAGGUUCAGUCCGCCGUCCAGUAGCCUCCAGCCGGUCCCAGGGAAGAUGAACGAUGUGAGCUCUCCAGCCGGGCAGCCGGACGCAGCGGCGGCGGUGCCAAGACUGCGUCCCCACGAAAACCGCAGCAUGGCCGAGAUCAUCGCCGACCACCCGGCCGAGUUGGUCCGGACCGACAGCCCCAACUUUCUCUGCUCGGUCCUGCCCUCCCACUGGCGGUGCAACAAGACGCUGCCUGUCGCCUUUAAGGUGGUCGCCCUGGGAGACAUACCUGACGGGACUGUUGUCACAGUAAUGGCGGGGAAUGAUGAGAACUACUCCGCUGAGCUGCGGAAUGCCUCAGGUGUGAUGAAGAACCAGGUAGCGCGCUUCAACGACCUUCGCUUCGUGGGCCGCAGUGGCAGAGGCAAGAGCUUCACGCUGACAAUCACAGUAUUCACCAACCCACCACAAGUGGCCACUUACCACCGAGCCAUAAAGGUCACCGUGGAUGGACCACGUGAGCCCAGGAGGCAUCGUCAAAAGCUCGAGGACCCUCCAAAGACUGGUCUCUUCUCAGACCGCCUCAGUGAGCUCGAGAGGAUGAGGGUGAGGGUCACCGUUCCCACUCAAGCCCCCCGGCCAACUCUCAACACGGCAGCCAACUCCUUCAACCCGCAGGGACAGACGCAGAUAACAGACCCUCGUCAGUCCCAGUCCUCUCCUCCCUGGUCAUAUGAACAGACGUACCCGUCCUACCUGAGUCCAAUGGCAUCCCCCUCAGUCCACUCCACCACCCCCCUCUCCUCCAGCCGAGGCACGGGCCUGCCUGCCAUCAGUGACGUGCCUAGACGAUUGCCAGGUUCUUCCGACCUGAGCCCAUUCCCUGGCCAGUUUGAGCGUCAGUUCCCGGGCCUCUCCUCCCUCACAGAGACUCGUUUCUCCAGCCCUCGGAUGCACUACCCGGCCACCUUCACCUACACCCCGCCCGUCACCUCCGCCAUGUCGCUGGGCAGCGCCCACUACCACACCUACCUUCCCCCUCCUUACCCAGGCUCCACCCAGAGCCAGAGCGGACCCUUUCAGACCAGCAGCACACCCUAUCUCUACUAUGGAGCGUCAUCCGGCUCGUACCAGUUCUCCAUGGUUCCCGGCGGGGAUCGCUCACCUUCCCGGAUGAUCCCGCCUUGCACUAGCGCCUCCACGGGCACCUCCCUGGUGAACCCCAACCUGCCCAGCCAGACGGAGGGAGGGGUGGACGGCGACGGGAGCCACAGUAACUCCCCAACAGUUCUCAACCCUGGAGGCCGCAUGGAUGAAGCUGUCUGGAGGCCAUAUUGAAGAAAGCCAGGGGGUGGAGAUUGGAAGUCAACUGAUGUCAUGGUUUGAAAGCACAAAACCUUUUUUUUAUUGAAAAGGGGAUUUUUGAGCUCUCAUCAGCUAUCUCUACCUUUUACUUGGAAAUUAAGGUUGAGAUAAAAAAGAAAAAAAAAGACCAAACUUGUAUGGACUUGUCUUCCUGGAAUGUGUUUUGACCAAGGCACUACAAAGGGAGUCAUUCUCACAGCAAUAAUGAGAAAGACAAUUUUGGUUUACUAGGCCCAAGUGGAUGAGACAUUAUUUUAGUUUAUUAUAAUCCACAAGCUAAGGGAUGCUUCAACAAUAUUUGUAAGAGACUGCCUCUUUUGUAUAGUGUUUGUAUUUCAGUAAGGCUUUUUGCAGAGCAUGUUUUUGUACUACGACAAUAUCAAGAUGCAAGUUAAGCACUGAGUAGCAAGUGAUGAGAGUAACACAUAUGUUACCUUCAGUGGUAUGGACAGUAAAUUUGCUUUAAAUCAAUUAAUUUAACUUGUAUA